ACAGGAGGGGGCCGGGGAGAUGGAGCGGGGCACGAUGAGGCUGCCCGAGCGGCUGCCGCUGCUGCUGUUGGCCGGGGAGGAGGUGCUGCUGCCCGGAUCCUCGCUGCGCGUCGGCGUGGACUCGGCGCGGAACCUGCAGCUGGUGCAGGGCCGCCUGCUCCGGGGAAACUCGGUCCGCAGCACCAUCAUCGGCGUGGUACCCGGCCCCGGCCCCAGCGGCGGCGGCGACCCGGACCAGCAGCUGCCCCGGCUCCACAGGAUCGGAACAGCGGGUAUUGCAGUGCAGAUAGUUGGGAGUAACUGGCCAAAGCCGCACUAUACACUGUUAAUCACGGGCCUAUGUCGAUUCAACAUACUCGAGGUGGUGAAAGAGAAGCCGUUCCCAGUCGCUAAAGUGGAACAACUUGACCACCUAGAGGAAUACGCAGAUGGUACUGGGGAGCUCACUGACCUUUCUCAGGAGUUCUACAAAUAUGCGGUACAGCUGGUGGAGAUGCUGGAUAUGUCAGUACCUGUGGUGGCCAAGCUGAGACAGUUGUUGGACAGCCUUCCUAAAGAUACCUUGCCCGACAUCGUGGCAUCAAUUAUCCGCACCAGUGCUAACGAAAAACUCCAGAUACUGGAUGCUGUUGGUUUAGAGGAGAGAUUUAAAAAGACCAUUCCAUUGCUUGUUCGGCAAAUUGAGGGACUUAAAUUACUUCAAAAAACUCGCAAAUCCACGCCAAGCGAUGAAAAGAGGAUCGUGACCAUCCGAUCUAUUCGAAAAAACAACCAGAUUCCAGGAGGACAGCUACACUUUAAUGGUCUGGAGCAGGAAGAUGAUGAUGAUGGUGAUGAUAUCGUCAUGCUGGAAAAGAAGAUUAAAAGUACAAAUAUGCCAGAGCAAGCAAUGAAAGUUUGCAUGAAGGAACUCAAAAGGUUAAAAAAGAUGCCUCAAUCAAUGCCAGAGUUUGCUUUAACCCGGAAUUACCUGGAAUUAAUGGCAGAAUUACCUUGGAAUAAAAGUACAACGGAUCAAUUAGACCUUCAUGCUGCAAGAGUAUUACUCGACAGUGACCACUAUGCAAUGCAGAAGCUAAAACGGAGGGUGUUGGAGUAUCUCGCUGUCAGACAACUGAAGAACAAUUUGAAAGGACCCAUCCUCUGCUUUGUGGGACCUCCUGGUGUGGGCAAGACAAGUGUUGGCAGAUCAAUAGCAAAGACCCUCGGCAGAGAGUUUUACAGGAUAGCAUUGGGUGGUGUCUGUGAUCAGUCUGACAUCCGUGGUCACAGGAGGACAUAUGUAGGUAGCAUGCCUGGCAGAAUCGUGAACGGCUUAAAGACUGUUGGCGUGAGCAAUCCUGUCUUCCUGCUGGAUGAAAUAGAUAAAUUAGGAAAAAGUCUGCAAGGAGACCCUGCAGCAGCACUGUUGGAGGUGCUAGAUCCCGAGCAGAAUCAUAGUUUUACGGACCACUAUUUAAAUGUCCCCUUUGAUCUGUCGCAAGUGCUUUUCAUAGCUACUGCCAACACUACUGCUACCAUCCCUCCUGCUUUACUUGACAGAAUGGAACUCAUCCAAGUGCCAGGUUAUAUUCAGGAGGAGAAGAUGGAAAUUGCCCAUAGGCAUUUGAUUCCUAAACAACUGGAGCUGCAUGGGCUAACGUCCCAAGAGAUUCAGAUUCAACAUGAAGCAACGGAAGGUAUAAUCAGCAGAUAUACCAGGGAGGCAGGAGUGCGGUCUCUUGAGCGGAAAAUAUGUGCCAUUUGUCGGGCUGUGGCUGUAAAGGUGGCAGAGUGUCAACACAAGGUUACUGAGUCUAACUGCGGACCAGUAAGUGAGAAAGUUAAAGAAAGUGUCCCUGAGGAAACCAAAGAAGAAUCCAUUGAUGAUGUAACUGAUCUUGCCUUGCCACCUGAGAUGCCAAUUGUGAUUGAUAGACAUGCAUUGAAAGACAUUCUGGGACCACCCAUUUAUGAAAUGGAGGUAUCUCAGCGGCUGAGCCAGCCCGGGGUAGCAAUAGGCUUGGCUUGGACACCAUUGGGUGGUGAGAUUAUGUUUGUGGAAGCGAGUCGAAUGGAAGGAGAGGGACAGCUUACUUUAACAGGGCAGUUAGGAGAUGUUAUGAAGGAAUCGGCUCAUCUCGCAAUAAGUUGGUUACGCAGCAAUGCUAAAAAAUACCAUUUGACAAACGCUGCUGGAAGCUUUGACCUCCUCGACAACACAGAUAUACAUCUGCACUUUCCAGCUGGAGCCGUCACAAAAGAUGGACCAUCUGCUGGAGUUACUAUAGUAACCUGCCUUGCCUCUCUGUUCAGUGGCCAUUUAGUACGUUCUGAUGUUGCUAUGACAGGCGAAAUAACGCUCCGAGGCCUUGUUCUCCCAGUGGGUGGAAUAAAGGAUAAAGUUUUAGCUGCACAUCGAGCUGGUCUGAAGAGAGUCAUACUACCAAAGAGAAAUGAGAAGGACCUAGAGGAGAUUCCUGCCAACAUGAGAGAAGAUCUGGAUUUUGUGACUGCUUUUUGUUUAGAUGAAGUGCUUAAUGCUGCAUUUGAAGGAGGAUUCCCAGCUGAGUCACGGCAUGGUAUUUUAGACAGUAAACUCUAAGAUCACUGCCACUUAAAAUAGCAUCUGUUGAUGGUUUAACAUUAAUCCAACUGAUAAUUCAAGAAAUUGUGCUUGAUUAAUACUAUCCUACUGGUAGUUUUCCUCCCUCAUAGAUCCCAGUCAAAGGAAGAUGCUGUGUAAAGGCCAAACACUUACCUUGAGCAGGGGAAGAAAAAAGGUUGGUUUCAAGCACAUGCACAUUAUUCUGGUGGUUACCUAGGACUUGUGGUCUAGAGAUAAAGAAUAUAAAAUGGAUGAAGUUAAAUUGUACAUUAUAAUUUUGGGGAAAUUAGGGUUUAAACAGUAUUCCUGUUAUAUUGCGACAUGUCUGAUGCAAUGGAAAUGGUACAAUUAAGAUAUUGAGUUGUGUUCAGUUACACUGAUGUUUCCAGAAAAUGUAGUAUUGAAUCAACAGAUAAGUACUAAGCCAAUUUAUGCACUGUUGAUUGCUAUAACAUUUAUAUAAAAUCAUAUCCUUG